AGUUAAGGUGAACAGUGACAACAUCGGAGCCGCUGCUGCUUCUUCAGUCUCUCCACACGGCAGGCUGCAGAAUCUCCGACCAUGUCUCUGUCCUUUGAGGGAAGAGUCGUGCUCGUCACUGGGGCAGGAGGAGGCCUCGGCAGAGAAUAUGCCCUGGCUUUUGCUGAAAGGGGAGCCUCGGUAAUAGUGAAUGACCUUGGGGCAGACACUAAAGGGGGCGGAAAGAGUUCUGCAGCCGCUGAUAAGGUGGUGGAGGAGAUAAGAGCGAAGGGAGGAAAGGCUGUGGCCAACUAUGAUUCUGUAGAAGAUGGAGAAAAGCUGAUCCAGACUGCGCUGGACUCAUUCGGCAGAAUAGAUGUUCUUGUAAACAAUGCCGGGAUACUUCGUGACCGAUCAUUUGCCAGGACAAGCGAUUUGGACUGGGACCUGAUUCAGAGAGUUCACCUGAGAGGCUCCUUCCUGGUGACUCGAGCUGCCUGGAAUCACAUGAAAAACCAGAAGUUUGGCAGAAUCAUCAUGACGACUUCAGCCGCCGGCAUCUACGGCAACUUCGGCCAGGCCAACUACAGCGCCGCCAAGCUGGGCCUGCUGGGACUGGCCAACACCUUGGCCAUAGAGGGCCGCAAGUACAACGUCUACUGCAACACCAUCGCUCCCGUGGCCGGUUCCCGCCUCACCGAGACCGUCAUGCCUCCAGACGUCGUCGCGGCUCUGAAGGCGGAGUAUGUUGCGCCUUUGGUCCUCUGGCUUUGUCACGAGGAUUGUCAAGAAAACGGAGGACUGUUUGAGGUCGGUGCUGGCUGGAUUGGUAAAUUGCGAUGGGAGCGUACUAAAGGCCACACUGUGAGACAGAAGAACAAAGCCAUGUCUCCCGAGGCAGUCAGAGACCACUGGGACAAAAUAUGCGAUUUCACUGCCGCCACCAGGCCUUCUGGUAUACAAGAGUCUCUGCAGUCGAUCAUGACUGUGCUGUCCCAGGUGGAGUCGGAUGAAGUCGGUGCAAAUCCAACCGCGUCUGCGGCCGCCACGGGAGGAUCAGCCAUAAAUCCUGCGCUGGCAGUGGGUCAGAAAGUGUCGACGUCUCUGUUCACCUUCAACCACACGCAGUGCAUUCUCUACGCGUUGGGCGUCGGCAUGUCCACGAAGGACCCGGACCACCUACGGUUCCUGUAUGAAAACCAUCCGGACUUCGGCUGCCUCCCCACCUUCGGGGUCAUCGCCUCCCAGGCCGUCCUGAUGGAGGGCGGCCUCUCCUCGGUGCCGGGGCUCGGAAUAGAUUUCACCCAGGUGCUGCAUGGGGAGCAAUAUCUGGAGCUCUACAAGCCUCUGCCAACCUCAGGCACACUCAGGUCUGAGGCCACGGUGGCCGAUGUGUUGGACAAAGGGUCUGGAGCCGUCCUCCUCUUGGAUGUGAACACCUACAACGGGGACGAGCUGCUGUGUUUCAACCAGUUCUCGGUGUUUGUGGUGGGAGCCGGAGGCUUCGGGGGGAAGAGGACUUCAGACAGAGUCAAAGCUGCAGUGCCGCCUCCUAAUCGGGCGCCAGAUGCCGUAGUGAUUGAUUCAACCACAAGAGACCAGGCUGCCUUGUACCGUCUGAGCGGAGACUGGAACCCGCUUCACAUAGACCCCAGCUUUGCCGCCAUGGGAGGCUUCAAGCAGCCCAUCCUGCACGGCCUGUGCUCCUUCGGCUUCGCCGCCAGACACGUCCUCAAGCAGUUCGCAGGCAACGACCCCUCCAGAUUCAAGGCCAUCAAGGCUCGCUUCGCCAAGCCGGUGUUGCCGGGUCAGUCGCUGCAGACCGAGAUGUGGAAGGAAGGAAACAGAGUCCACCUGCAGUGCAAAGUGAAGGAGACGGACGUCGUCGUGCUCGCCGGAGCCUACGUGGAUUUACACGGCGAAUCCGACGCGCCUCUGGAGAAUCUCCCCCAGGGAGGCGGCCUGCAGAGCGAGCUGGUGUUCGCAGAGAUCGGGCGCCGUAUUGAAAGCUUGGGCUCCGAGCUGGUCAGAAAGGUGAACGCCGUGUUCGGCUGGGAGAUCACCAAAGACGGCAAGACCGCGGCACAGUGGACCAUCGACCUGAAGAGCGGCAGCGGCUCUCUGCACAGAGGAGCCGGCGGCGGAAAGGCCGACGUGACCUUCACGGUGUCGGACCAGGACUUCAUGGAGGUGGUUCAGGGGAAGCUCAACCCUCAGAAGGCCUUUUUCUCUGGCAAGCUGAAGAUCCGAGGGAACAUCAUGCUGAGUCAGAAGCUGGAGGUCAUCCUGAAGGACUACGCCAAGCUGUGAGCUCCUCAGCCAACCAAUCGGACGACUCCAGGAGCUAAUCGACCCGUCAGCCCUCAUCUGUCCACUUCUCCGCUCCUCAGUCCCCUGUAUGUGUGUGUGUGUGUGUCUCUGUGUGUACACUUAGACUCUUUCCAUCCAAAAAAUGCAGAGUAAAUAAAGCUCCUGAAUGAAUGAACUGUAAUCUUUAGACUCCAAACGGGAAGUUUUUCAGUCACGAGACUAAAUCAUUUCCAUUAAUCCUGCUAAAGCCGUUUAUCUGGAUCAAGACGAGUUUAAAUAUGAAACAACUUCUCGGCCCGACUGUUAGAUGACUAACCCACCAAUCAGAAACAGUUUUAUGUGUCUGAUACUGUAAUCGACCCAGAGCUGUCAUUAAAACCGAUUAUUCAAGUUGUGAAAAUAACAUUUUUUGAUAAUGAUGAAAUUCUAAUACUCUUUCUGAAAAUAAAGUAAUUGAGAAA